AUGUAUGGUGAGAGAUUUAGAGGUAAGGUGGCUUUGAUAACUGGUUCGACUAGUGGAAUCGGCCAAGCUGCUGCUGCUUUAUUUGCUGGCCAAGGUGCAAAAGUUGUAAUCACUGGAAGAUCGGAAGAAGGUGCUAAGCUGACUAGGCAACUAUGUUUAGAAGCUGGAGCAUUACCAUGGCAUGUUACCGAGAUUCUCGGAGAUAUCAUGGAUGAAAAAUUUAUUGAUAAACUUAUUGAUGAAACAAUCAAGAAAUUCGGAAAACUCAAUAUUCUUGUUAACAAUGCUGGAACUCUUGAAUUGGAUCCAACUGGGGCUCAAGGUUGGGAUAUGUCAGUUGAAGUUAUGGAUCGAUCAAUGAACUCGAAUUUUCGAUCGUAAGUCUUUCUUAUUGUUUCUACAAAAUAAUAUCGCAUCUCGAUAUUCUGAUAUUAUUAACAUUGUUGGUAAGGGAUCAAUCACUGGAAAAAUUGAGACUGUAACAAUUACAAUUAACCCCGGGAAUUUUCCAAUUUCAAAAUCUAUAAAUGUGCAUAAAAACACAAAUGAUACUGGAAUAUGCAUUAGAAUUAUAGGAAUAGAUGUUUGAGUCACCAAAGAUAUGAAAACUUGAAGUUGAAUACGAUGAAUAUGUCUAGAAGAGGUAUUUAUAUUUUGCCGAAUUCGAAUAUAACACAGAAUUCCGAAAUAAAAUAUGACUAUCAUUGAUGAAAAUACUAAUGUCCAAAUAAUUGAUAGACCUUCUACUGCAGUCCAAUCUGUAUAUCUUGUCCCAUUUUCAUCUGUUGGAUAAAAAUGAAGACCGAUGUAUACAAUCUCUCCAAUUUUGACAUCAUAUAUAUUCAUUAAACUUGGUCGUAAAUAUUCGGAGAAAUUAGGAUUAGGUGCACACAGAAAAUAACAAACACAACCCCAUAUAAUACCGUAUAUUAAUGGUAGAGAAAUCCAGAAAAUAAUUUUACAAGAUCUGAAGGUUUUCAACAUUUUUGUAUUUCUUUUGAUAACAAAGUAACGAUAGAUAUAUUGAAUUGCGAAUAAUCCCAUAAAUGAACCAUACAUUCCACACCAAAUAUUGAUUAGAAUUCGAGUUAGCUUAACAUCUUUGACCCAUGAAUUUUUUGAGAUAACAAAAAUAAUAUAGGAAGAACCGUAUGAGUGAACAGUCUUUAAGAAAAUGAUAUUAGAUAUAAAAAUGGAGUUUACCUUACCGGUGAGAUCAAAAGUUCUAAAUUCGAAUAUACGAUUUCUGUCAAUGACAUAUAAAUCAUCAAAACUCGAUAAGCUCCAAAUCCCACUGGGGAUUUGAAUAUUAUUAAGAAAAUGAGCCAGGAAUUUAGGAAAAGCGAAAGUAUCAGGCAUAUUUCUUGUAAUAUUUCCCGAAUUAUUUCCCAUUGCAUUUCAUUUAUCUAUGAAAGUAGAUGUUCUGAUUUGUUAUUACUUUGUUUUUGAGUUAUUUUUAAUUCCCUUGAUGUUUAAGAACAUCAAAAUUUCAGAGUUCUUCUAUUAACAAAAAAAGCGAUCAAACAUCUUGUCGAACAAAAAGGGGAUAUUGUGAAUGUCUCAACAUUUUUGACAACUCCAACAAUGGGAAUUAUGUCAAUGCCAUAUUAUGGAGUUCCAAAAGCAGCAUUGGAUCAAAUGAGUAGAUCAAUGGCUCAUGAAUAUGUGUUGAAAGGUGUUAGAGUCAACACUGUGAAGUUAGUUUUGCUAGAAAUAUUUGAAAAUGAAAAUGGUUUUGAAAAUGACACAUUUUUGAAACGUGAACUUUUCGAGCCAACUCGAAAAAAAUCAUUCUUAUUUCUAUUUUCCAAAAUCAUGUUUUUUUUAAUUAAAAAAAAACUACUAUUUCCAGUCCGGGCCUUGUCGCAACAUCGUUUUUUGCGAGACUCGGAGUUGGAAAUGAAAAAGCGAGAAAAAUGGAACAAUAUAUUGCAAGUCAUCCGGAAUACAUUCCUUUGGGAAAGGUUGCGAGUUCAGAAGAUGUUGCAAAAACUAUCGCAUUUCUAGCCGACAGGUUAGAGAAAUUUAUUGAUUAAAUAAAAUGAAUUGUUUUUUUACAGAAAUCAAUCGGAAUGCAUUGUUGGUCAAUCAAUUUAUAUUGAUGGUGGAUCUAGACUCUGCUGUAAUAUUGACAUGUCUGAUUUCAAAGAGCACAUGUAA